ACCCUCUUUCUCUUUGUAGUCUAUGCUUUCAUUGGAUCAAAUUUCUUUGAAUGAUUAUUGUUUCUCUAUAGUAUUAAUUCCUCUCUUUAGCUUCUCUUGCAUUGGUUUGUCUUAAGUUUUGAUAUCAAUUUUGUGAUUUUUAUCAUCUGCGAUAAAGCUGAAAAGAAGUGGCGUACUUUAGCUACCUUUCCUUUGCUUAUAAUUAUAUUCUUUUAGUUGAGUAUGAAACCAAGAAUUUCAACUAAUCUGUGGUUUGGUUCAUGCUACAUGUUUUUUUUGUUCUGAACUAUUUUAGUUUGCUUGCUUAGGUUGUUCUAUAAAUCAUUUCCUUUCUGUAAUUGUGCAUUGUCUUAACACUUUCAAACACAUGCUGAAAGAAGUAGCUAUCUAUGUACUCAGUAGGUUUGAUGGUAACUUCUGUUAAUUUUCAAAGGCGGAGCAUUGCGCUUAUGCAUAAAUGAUUUACAAGUUUUUGGAGGUUCAUGACAUUGGAAAGACACAUGCUUCGUACUAUAUAGUUUAUGCUUUGCACAUGGAUUCUAAGGUGGAAAACGCCACUGAGAUCUUCAGUCACAAAAUAUCUAGGUAAUGUUCUUCAUCAUGGUCCUCAUCGUAGUUUCACAGUCAGCUUUUGUCACAUGGCAUGAUUUGAUAGUGUUAAACUUUGUGCAGAAAGGCAAAGUCUAUGGAAAAGUUGAAUGAUUCUUACAAAAAUUCAUGGUGAGAGCUAUGAGAAGAUCCAAACAGCUGAUGAAGUAAGAUACUUAAUGUUUCUACCUACCAGGAGGAUCCAAAAGAGAAUGACCUCUGUCAAGAAGUUGUGGCACUAUAUUGUCUAGGGGAGAUAAUCAAUAGUGAGUCUCAAAUUAAAUUUUACUUUUGGAAAUCAAUAAGCUCUCUUACAUGAAAAUGACCUCUACAGAUAAAAGAACGUUUGGAUCAGAAGCCAAAAACCCAAAGCCGAAAUUGUAAGUCAUUCUGUAUUUCUCUGUUUUUUAAAUCUUCAAGCAUAUACAAAUUUUACCAAAAAAUCUAACUUAUUUUGUAACUCCCUAUGAUAUGUGCAGCUCAUUCAUGGCACCUUCUCCUGUGUACACUGACACUACAUGCUUGGAGGUAGAACACAAAUGAUCAACAGGAACACCAUUGUACGGAUCCACUUGUGGGAGGAGAAUGGUGGAGGAUAUUUUCCCCAGCUGCAUUUGAACAUAGAAGAGAGAAAUAGAUCAGGAGGGAGACGGUCCCGCCUACCGGCCGAAUUCUCAAGUGUGCCAAUACCAGCGGAGAAAAUAAGUGUGAGACUGAGAGUCGGAAUAUUUUAGCACUUACGGAUCAUAUCAAUUUUCAAAGCUAGGAUCAUGCAAAAAAAGGAGUCGUAACUGAGCUAUACACUCCUAGGAAAUGGUAUGUGGUCUAAUUUAAUUCUUCCCAUAAUCUUUUGAUUAAUCUUUAGCUUGCUAUCUUAUUUCCUAAGCUGAUUUUUUUUGUUGUCUGGUUGUAAUUAGCAGGUCCGCCACAAACAAAUUGAUCACCUUAAAGGAUCAUUGCUUCUGUUAGUCUUCCAUAGUUGUAUUUAGCCAAAAGUAUGAUUGUGUUUAUCUUUCAACGUUUUCAUUUUUUGAAACAUAACUAUGAUACUAAAAAUGUUUGUUUAAGUAGUUGUUUCUAAAUAAUUAUUAGUAUAAAACAGCGGUGGAUAUGAAACUAUUUUACUAAAUUCUUUUUCAUGUUCCACUGUCUGUCUCACUUAUCACUUAUCAGUCGUACUCAUGUAUCUAUAGUACUAUUUUUUUUUCAUCUGAUCACUUUUGUUUACUUUAAACUAUUAUAAUUACUAACGUAUUUCUAUGGUUUUAGCCGAGCAUAAAAGUUUCAACUGUAAAAAAACAUAACAUUACUAAGGUAUUUCUUUGUUAAAAUACUUAACAUUUUCUAAUAAUACAUGUACAAAUAAUAAAUACACCUAUCAGAAAAAUAUACUAACAAUAUUUUUGAUUAAAAACUCUACAACAACUUCAACUUAACUAUUAGAAUAAAGAUAAAAAUUGUCUGAAUAAGCUGAGAACAGAAGGUUAAUAGGCUUCAAAGUUAAUUUAUAUAGUUUUUUUUGAAUACUGCAUUACUGACUAUUAUUUAACGUUCAUAUAACAUAAGAGGUUUCAUUAUUUAGUUUGAAUAAAGUAUUGAGAUUAAAUCAUCACAUACUUGGGUGGAGUUUUAGCAAAAGCAUGUCGUCGCUGUAGAAGAGGAUAUCUAAAAGCUUCCCGAUGUUCCCCAUCCUAGCAAUAAAAACAAGUCAACUGCAGUUUAAUAGCUUCCAUAGUUUUUGGGGCUAAUUUGUAUAAGAGAAACUUAGACACUGAAGCAAGAGAGGAAUGAAAAAAAUGAAUAUGGUCCACUCAGCUAUUUUUAUAAAUCAAGCAUCUAAAAUAGCAAGAUAUAUAACAAAACACUACUAUCAAUUAGAUUAAAUAUAUGAACCACAAAACAUUAAAAAAGACUUAUGGUUCAUAUCAAACUCUAUUAUCAAUUAGAUUAAAUGUAACAAAACACUAGCAAAGAUAAAAAUGAAAAUUUAAACCAAAAUAAACAGGAAUAAUGAUUACUACAUGCAACCAAAACACUAAAAAUGAUCACAUAACAAUUGAGGAAGAAUAUUUCCAGAAGUAGUUAGUAUUUUUUUUUUCUUGAUUAACCUAAGGGUAUCUCAGACGUAUGAAAUGGACCAGACUAAUCUCAAAAAAAAAAUGCAACCCACAUAGAACCGGUAUAUAUCCCCAAAUAGUCUCAAAUAGUUAAUAUACCUUUAAAGGAAGAAACAACAAUUAAUCAAACAAUCAAUGUUUUGUCCUAACAAACAUGUCAUAUUAUAUGAAAUACGACAAUACCUCUAUCAAGAAAUUAGCCAGUCAUAAGUUGAACAUUUCAAAUAAUAAAAAUAAAAAACAAAGAAAUGUAAAAAAUGAAUCAAAUAUUAUGUUAAUAAAAUUUAAUAUUAUAUAUUGCAUGCUUCUAAUUCAUUUCAUGUUACAAAUAUAUUAAAAAUAGUUUCAUAUCUAUUUCGGUAUUCAAAAAUUGAUUUCACGUUAAGGACAUAAUCUAUAAUGAUAUUUUAAGUGUACUAUUGGAGAAAUAUUUUCUUUCUAUUCAUUUAUUUAUAAUAUAUUUAUAUUUUUCAAUUAAGAAGAUCUAAGCCGCAUCGAAAAUAAAAAAAAUCAUAUUAGUUAUACUAAUUUUUUAAUUAAAUAUAAAAUAAAAUGCAAUUUUUCAUGCACAUAAAAUGAUUAACUUUGAAAAUACAUAAACCGCGCGUAGCGCGGUGAGAAUCUCUAGUAUAUAUAAAGUACUAAAACACUCCACUCAUAUAUGUUGAAAACAAUUCAAUUUUAAUAAAUCCAAAUUUACAUCAUAUAGAAAUGUCUAUAAUUACAUGAUUUCAGUUUUCCUGCAAAAAUAUAUUGUUUAUAAAAUAUAUAAACUAUUUUUUAAGAUCUUAUGCAUGAGAAGACUUCCAUUAGAAGACUCAUUGGAAAGUCUUCUCAUAAAAACUACACAAACCAAAGAAGACUUCACGAGGUUAUAUUCGUAAAAGUACAUACAAAUUUUUUUGUUUGGUCAUCAGGAGAUGCUUGUAACUUUACUAGUAUUUUGGGUUAUUUUUGCAUUUGAUUGAAUUUAUGGUAAACUUUUAUAUUUAACAUCAAAUUGUAGGUCAUAUUUGGAAAUUUCUCUUUCAUUUAUCUUGUUGGAUUUGAUAUUUAUCCUUUAUAUACUAUUUGAGAAGCAUUUUAAUAUUUUUAUUAUGAUAAUGUGUUAUCACUCCAAUGAUUUUUAGAAUCAUUACAAAAAUAUGUUUAUUAUUACUAGAAUAAUUUCAAUGCAUAUCAUUCUUUAUUUGGUCAAAAAUCUUAACAUGUACUAUAUUUCUCAUUAAACUAAAUAUAUAAUCAAUUAGUUAUCUACCAAAAAAUCUUGCUCAUUAUUUCCUUAAAUAAAAUUAUAGAACUAUCUAAUUUGAUUAAUAUACGACGAUUAAUGAUAUUAAAUAAUAAAAUAUUUCAUAACAAGUUUUGUAUGUUAUAUUAUUUUUUGUUUAAUUUGAUAUUCUUAAAACUAGAUAAAAUUUUACAUUAAUUAUAUAAUAUUUUAUUUUUGAAUUCUUAAAAACAACAUUAAAUUACUAAAAUUGCUAAAAAUUAUAUAUCAAAACAUUUGUGAUCAAUCAUUUAAAAGUUAUGCUAUAAAAAUACAAAUGAUCAUAAAUCCAUAUGAAGUUUCAUUUAAAAGAUAUCCAAAAUAAAAAAUAAAAAUAAAUCUAUUUUUAUAUUGUUUAAAUUAAAUUAUAUACCUAUAUUUAUAAAUAUUUUAAUUUAAAAUUUUUGAAUUAUAUAUUAUAGUUGAAAUGAUAAAAGUCAAACAUUUAUACAAUCUUAACUUGAUCAAAUAAUUAAAAUAUAUUUAUGCAUUUUUGUUAUUUAAAAUAAUUUAAAAUAUUUAUAUAUAUAUAUAUAUGUAUAUUUAUUAUACUUUAUAAAUAGCUGCCAUAACACGGUUUAUUACAUAGUUACAUUUGUUUUGGUCGCUUCAAACCAUUAUCAGUCAAAAUACGGUUUCCUUUUCUACUGAGUUUUGAAUUGCUCUAAAUUUUGACUUUGAAUUUAAUCAAUUAGAUUUAACAAUGUUAUUCAAUCCAAGUUUAUAUGAAUCCAUUAAAGGCAGUAUCUACCAUAUAUUUCAAUGCUCCCUACUUCGGUUUGAACCUCUGAUUUGGGUUUUUAGUGGUCCCAAUUUUAUAUGCCAAUGCAAACACAUAAAGAGAUAAAAUAUCUAUAAUUCAUGAACCUCUCUGUUCAUCACUAUAGACCUUGUGACCAGGAUUAUUAAUUAUUUUUGACAAUAUUUUCUUGAUAUAGGUCGUCCCGACGACCCAAAAUUCCCUAAAAUAAAAAUAUAAAGUAUUUUCUAUAUAUAAUGUUGUAUUGACUCACUUGUUGACGAAACCAUUUGUGAAUCAAACACACACAAACAAAAAAAUCAAUAUACAUCAUUUAUAUCGACAUGUCGGUCGUCUUUUCAAGUUUUCUUUUGUUCUUCACCAUUAUCAUAAAGUCGGCCGAUUCAUCAGCUCUUCACAAAGAUGAAUUAAAAGCGCUUGGAGAGAUAGCUAAUACACUUGGUAUCAAGACACUGAACCUACGGAACGGAGAUCCUUGCCAUUUAGGAAUCCUUAAGUUUGAUGAUGCUCAGAAUCCGGAGGGCACGAACAGCAUUAUUUGUGACUGUACCUUCAACGACAGCACGACAUGCCAUAUUACAGAGUUGAAACUCAAGACCCUCAGUCUUCCUGGAAAACUUCCACCUGAGUUAGUCAAACUUCAGUAUCUGCAAUCUAUAGAUUUUUGCAGAAAUUACCUUUCAGGAACAAUCCCAAUGGAGUGGGCUUCUUUGCCAUACUUUUCUUCCAUGUCGCUCUGCGCGAAUCAUUUGACUGGGCCUUUACCAGCUGGUUUACAAAACUUUAAGAGUCUGACGUUCCUAGGAAUUGAAGCCAACCAGUUCUCUGGUCCAAUUCCUGAUGAGCUUGGUAGUAUGACCAACCUAACAAAACUGCAUCUUGCAUCCAAUCAAUUUAAUGGAAGCUUGCCAAUCACUCUAGCUAGACUGGUGAACCUUAAGGAUUUGGUAAGUGAUAAUAACUUCAGUGGUACCAUCCCUGCAUAUAUUGGCAACUGGUUUGGGGUUCAAAGGCUACAUAUACAUGCAAGUGGACUGAAAGGGCCUAUUCCUGAAGCAGUUGCCCGGUUAAAAAAUCUUAAUGAACUGAGAAUUAGUGAUACGACUGGGAUAAACGUAUUUCCAAUUCUAUCCAGCGGAGCCAUCCAAACCCUGACUUUGAGGAAUGUGGGUUUGUCUGGUCCAAUUCCAUCUUACAUCUGGAGUAUGCCAAACCUAAAGAAUCUUGAUCUAUCUUUUAACAAGUUGACUGGUGGAGUUCAAGAACUAGAAAAAGCACCCGCAAAUACCUAUUUGACUGGAAACAUGCUUUCGGGAAACGUUGGAUCUGCUCUGUCAAUCUACGAAGAAGCCAAUAUUGAUAUCUCUUACAACAAUUUCUCAUGGUCUUCUACCUGCAAGGACAAAAGUAACAUUAACACAUUCCGGAGCUCAUAUUUGAAGAACAAUUUAAUUGGACUUCUUCCGUGCGCUGGUCCAAUGAACUGCAAGAGAUUUGUAGAUCAGCGCUCACUACAUAUAAAUUGUGGUGGAGAAAGUACAACGGUUACAAACACUUCGGGUAAAAUCACUUAUGAAGCUGAUAACAGUGAAACAAAAUCCGUGACAAAUCAACACUUUCAAAACUGGGGAAUCAGUAACACAGGUCUGUUGUCGAAUGACAUAUACACCAUUUCCACUAGUUUAACUCUACCUGGAGGCUCCCCUGAUUUUUAUAAGACUGCACGUCGAUCUGCUAUUUCUCUGGUUUACUAUGCGUUUUGUUUGGAAAAUGGAGCCUACAAUGUGAAACUCCAUUUUAUGGAGAUUCAGUUUACAGACGAAAAACUAUACAGUCGUCUAGGCAGACGCAUAUUUGACGUCUAUAUUCAGGGAGAAUUGUUUUUAAGGGAUUUUAACAUAAAAGAGGAGGCUAAUGGAACUCUAAAACCUGUUGUGAAAGAAGUGAGCUUGAACGUGACCGACCAUGUGUUAGAGAUUCAGUUAUAUUGGGCAGGGAAAGGGACAACUCUCAUUCCCGAAAGAGGAAAUUAUGGUCCUCUUAUAUCUGCAAUCUCUUUGUGUCACAGUAGCCGGGAGCCACAAUGUGGAGCGGAGAUAACAAAGCACCACACUAAGAAUACACUAAUUUUUGGGGUAACGGGUGCCGUUGUAGCAAUUACUAUCUUGGCUUUUGGGUUAUAUGCUUUGAAAAGAUGUAGAGGAGACAAGAACACGACAGAAAGAGUAGAUCUGAAAGCCCAAGGUUUGCAAACUGUUUGCUUUACGUGGAGACAAUUACAAACUGCAACAAACAAUUUUGAUCAAGCCAACAAACUUGGAGAAGGAGGUUUUGGAACCGUAUUCAAAGGAGAGCUGUCGGAUGGAACUAUCAUAGCAGUCAAGCAGCUUUCUUCUAAUUCAUGCCAAGGAAACCGUGAAUUUGUGAAUGAGAUAGGAAUGAUCUCAGGGUUGAACCAUCCAAACCUUGUCAAGCUUUAUGGAUGUUGUGUCGAGAAGAAUCAAUUGCUACUCGUGUAUGAAUACAUGGAAAACAAUUCUCUUGCGCUUGCGUUGUAUGGAAAUAACUCUCAGACAUUGGACUGGGAAACAAGACAAAAGAUAUGUGUAGGAAUCGCAAGAGGGCUCGAAUUCCUUCAUGAAGGAUCAAUGAUCAGAAUGGUUCACCGUGACAUAAAAACCACAAAUGUCCUUCUAGACGCAGACCUAAAUGCAAAGAUAUCUGACUUUGGAUUGGCUAGGCUCCAUGAAGAAGAACACAGUCACAUUAGCACCAAAAUUGCAGGAACCAUUGGAUAUAUGGCUCCGGAAUAUGCACUAUGGGGUCAAUUAACAGAGAAAGCAGACGUGUACAGUUUCGGGGUUGUGGCAAUGGAAAUUGUUAGUGGGAAGAGUAAUGUUAAACCGCAGGGAAAUGAUGAUCAUGUCUCGCUUAUCAAUUGGGCGCUGGCUCUACACCAGACAGGAGACGCAAUGGAGGUUGUAGAUCCAGUGCUCCAAGGUGAUUUCAACAGUAAAGAAGCAGUAAGGAUGAUCAAAGUUGCUCUUGUCUGCACAAAUUCAUCACCUGCCUUAAGACCAACUAUGUUAGAGGCCGUGCAAAUGCUCGAGGGAGAGAUGGAAAUAACACCGGUAAUGUCAGAUCACGGUUUAUAUGAACACAACUUGAGCAUCUCAAAGAUGAGGGUCACUACUACAAUUGGUAGCUCGAGCACGUCAGGUGUGACAAAUCAAACAGAAACCACAAUGAAAUCUGAUGCUUCUGGUUGUGAUCUCUAUCCACUAUACCCUGAAUCCAUGAUCCUGAACUCCACAUCAGAUCUUUCUUCCUCAUCACUAUAAUGUCAAAAGCUAUGCACAUUGCCUUAUCUUUAAGAGAGAAAAAAGCUUGUGAAGUUUUCUUAUUUAUCAUAUCAUUAAAGCUGUCUACAGCUUUACUAUUACUAUACUAGCUCAAUUUAAAUCGAUCCAAAACCAUUGGUAUUUUUAUGACUAUAUGUCGAACUCUUAUUACUAUACUAGAUGUGGACUCGUGCGUUGCACGGGUUUUAUUUGAGUUUUUAAUUUCAUGAACACAUAAGAAGAAUGAAAAUCUUUUUUCACAUUA